UAAUUACAAUUAUUUUAAAUUAAAAAUGUAGAUGGCUAUAGCAUGUCAUGCCACAGGACAUGUAAACAUGCCAAAUGGAUUUCAUCUAAAAAUCUCAAAUAUCUUUUUAAAGGCUAUAUUCCAUCAUUAAAAACACAAGACUUUCUGAUGCCACCUAGUGGUUUGAAGCACACAAAGAGGGUAAUAGCUUUGAGUGUUGGCUGUAGUUAACUCUCUCUAGGCCUAACAACAAAAACAACUAACAGAUGAAUGUGAACCCCUUUUGAAUUAUGUUAAGCUAAAUACUGACCAUUGGACUAAAAAAACACUAGACUAGACCAUUAUUUAAUAUACUCUAAAAGGCGACACAAUGAAGAUGGAACUGGAUUAAAGAAAAUCAAGUCAGCAUUGAGGCCUGAGGAACAGCAUUUUCUACUUGAAAGGCAAUUUAUCUUUAGCUGAACAUGACAGACUAUGAAGUGUCUGUUCAGCAGCUCAAUGAUCUGUUGACAGAUGAAAACGGAGACUUCUGUAUGCCCUCCAAACAUUUCAAUGAAGUUUACCCCGGGAUACUCCUAGGAAAUGAGUCUGUAGCUACAAAUGUAACACGUUUGCAUCAGCUGGGAGUGACACACAUCCUCAAUGCUGCAGAAGGCCAAUCAGACAUGCAUGUGAAUACGGAUGCAGAGUUCUAUGCGGAUACAGGGAUCAUCUAUCAUGGGAUACCAGCCUUUGACACUGACCAUUUUGACCUCAGCGUAUAUUUUGAAGAGGCUUCUAAUUUCAUUGAACAAGCUUUGGCAAUGAAGGAGCUGAAGGGUCUUGGUAAAGUGUAUGUACACUGCCAGAAAGGCUACAGUCGUUCGGCUGCGCUAGUGAUCGCACACCUGAUGCUGCAGCACAGGAUGGAUGUACGAGCUGCUGUGGCCACAGUGAGAGAGAAACGGGAGAUCGGGCCCAAUGAUGGAUUCCUGCGCCAGCUCUGCCAGCUAAACGAUAGGCUGGCAGGUGAAGGAAGGCUGUGUGUUGAUAAUACCUAAAUAUAUAACCUAAACAGGCCUAUAUACAUAUAAAAUGAUUAGCUAAAUUAAUGUUUAAUAUUUCCAUUGAAUCUGUUUUUAUCAUCUAAAUGUUAGCAGUUGGCAAGUCAAUUUGGGUGAGUUGGCUAUUUGGUUUGUCAUUGGAGCAUAUCUCUUGUUUUUAGUAUCUUCUGCCCUUUAGUGUUACUGGUGACCGUAGUUUAUGCAGUACAACGUGUCAAAUUAAUAUUCAAGCAUAUAUGCCCUUCUCUAGCUCUCUCUAAACAUAAGCACAUAGUUGCUCUGACACAUAUAUAUUCCUGGUAUUUAUUUGCUAUAAAACUAACCAGUCUUUCUCGGUAUAGCUACUUGUUUUGUGCUGUGAUAUCAAAUACAGUGAUCCCCUUUUUAGUAGUCAAUGAUAACUACAGCUUUGUCACAAAUAAUCAAACACAAGAGGCCUUCACAACAGACAACAAUCAUCUAUUAAACAUUUUUUAAAGUGAAAAGUAGCACACAUACCUGAGUU